AUGGCAAGUAAUGGGUUGCACUCAUUUCAAUUUCGCCGUCUCACCAAAGAAAAUUAUGAAAAUUGGUGCUUGCGUCUGAAGGCUAUACUUGGUGCACAAGAUGUGUGGGAAAUCGUAGACAGAGGUUUCGUUCAACCACAAAAUGAAACAACUUUGAGUGCCGUCGAGAAGGAAGCAUUAGUGAAGUCCAAGAAGAAGGAUCAACAAGCCCUCACCCGCAUUAAUCAAUGCUUAGAUGAAUCGAUGUUCGAGAAAGUGGGUAAUGCCGACACUGCAUAUGAAGCUUGGGAGAUUUUGCAAACCUCUCUCCAAGAAGCCGACAAAGUAAAAAAGGUUCGGCUUCAAUCACUUCGUGGAAAUUAUGAAACUUUGCAUAUGGCGGAAUCCGAAUCAGUUUCGGAUCAUUGUUCCAGGGUGUUGGCCAUUGUGAAUCAAUUAAAACGAUAUGGUGAAACAACUGAAGAUGUCAAGGUGAUCGAGAAGAUCCUUCGUUCAUUAACUUCGAAGUUCGAUUAUGUGGUUUGCGCUAUUGAAGAAUCUAAAGACCUUAGCGAUAUGACGGUUGAUCAACUAAUGGGUUCUCUACAAGCCCAUGAAGAAAGAUUUUUGAAAAAAACAAGAGGAACCUCGAGAGCAAGCACUCAAAGCCAAAAUUUCCUUCAGAGAUGGUGCAAGGCAGAACUAUGA